AUGGAUUCGGAUUUGUCGGGCGAGUUGGUCGUCUCCCUGCGCGGUAUUCCAGUGCAGGCCGCUGGUCGAUGGGGAUGUCUCUGUACGUUAUGUAUGUCACACAUGGCUCUUGCCGUGGACGUGCAAAAAAUUUCUCCUGAUGGAAAGCCAAAGGUACAACUGCAAGUUGUUUUGCAUGAUGGAUCUGCCUCGACAUUCCACUUUGUAAAUCGACAAGGUCAGCCGGCCCAAGUUAAAGAUCGUGAUGAUGUUAAGGAACUUCUUCAGCACCUUUUAAUUAAGUUUAAGAGAGAAGUCAACAAAGAACUUGAAGAGAAAAACAGGUUACUUUCAGAAAACCCUGCUUUGCUUCAAUUAUAUAGAGAUCUUGUCAUUACCCAGGUUAUCACCUCCGAAGAAUUUUGGGUGCAACAUGCUACAAAAUUUACACAAAAACAGCAAAGUCAAAAGCAGGAUAUAGGAGUAUCUGGAGCAUUUCUUGCUGAUAUAAAACCUCAGACAGAUGGUUGCAAUGGUCUCAAGUAUAAUUUGACAGCUGAUAUUAUUGAGUGCAUAUUUAAAACUUAUCCAGCUGUACGAAAGAAGCAUUUAGAGUAUGUCCCUCAUAAAUUGUCAGAGGCAGAUUUCUGGACCAAAUUUUUUCAGUCUCAUUAUUUUCAUCGUGAUCGGAUCAAUGCUGGUACCAAAGACUUAUUCACAGAAUGUGCUAAACUAGAUGAUCAAGAAUUGAAAAAGGACAUUAAUGCAGGAAUUACUGAUUCUCUUGUGGAUAUUGGUGGCUUUGAAGACAAAACUCUUGAUGAAGGGUAUGGAACUGGUUCUGAGAAGUUUACGUCUUCAACAAGUGGAAAUAUUGUUCAUCAGAAUAUGAUAAAAAGAUUUAAUCAACACUCAAUAAUGGUUCUGAAAACAUGCAAGCAAAAUGCUGGUCUUAGCAAUAAUGAUUCUCAUAGUAAAAAUGCAACUCCUUCCAGCAAUCAAUUAAAUGGUUCUAGUCCAGGAACCAGCUCUGCUCAACCUCCGAUCACCAAGAAGAUGAGAUUAUUAGAGAAGAUAACAUAUGAGGAUUUAGAUGCAGGGAUUAGUGAGAGCAAUAAUAGUGGGCCUCAACUAAAUCUAGAUAAGGUGGAAAGAUACCUGCAUGGACCAAUGCCGAGUUCUUCUGUUGAUGCAUUGAAUCCAGAAGAUCUUUUUUCAACCCUGAACCAAGUGCAGAGGGAAUCACAGAGUUGGUCAUCACUUCACAGGCAGCAUGCUGCAAGCUUGGUUCACCCAGCAGCUGCUGUCAAUGCUCUAGGAGAGCUGACACCUGGUGGAGCCCUAAUGAAGGGAUUUCAGGAAGAAUCCUUGGCUCAACUUGUACCUGCUGAUCUUGAGAAAGAGUUAAAAAACCUCUACAUGUCUAUGUGUGAACUUUUGCGACAUUUUUGGGCAUGCUUUCCACCUACAACGUCAGCAUUGGAGCAGAAGGCUUCCCACAUGCAUGAUGCUUUGCGACGUUUCAACUCGUCUCGUCUUAAGCCAUUUGAGGUAAUGGAUCCAGUGGGGCCAUGGUCCGCGUACGCAGCAUCUUAUAACCGCCUGGCUGGGGCAACAGGCGGCUUUCAAGCCAGUCCUGCAAGUGGUGGAGGUGACUUUGUCACCUCCCAUCAUCACUUGGCCACCACGGGCAACACAGGCCUAGGGAGUCACCAGCCACCUGGUGGCGGGGUGCCUUCCACUACUUCUCAGCUGUUGCUGCAAGCCGCCCACACCACUGCCACCUUGGCUGGACAGCUAGGUCAGCUUUCUGCUGCUGCACCUGGGUCCACUCCUUCUCCUUUCAGUCCUGGAGGUUUCUUAACUCCUCCUUCUGUUGGCUAUGACUCGGUUUUCUCCCCGCUUUUCCAUCAUGCGAACCCAAAGCCAGCACAUUAUGGUUCCUCAAUUAAUGUCAGUCAGCAUAGGCAGGCACUGGCUCAAGCACAAGCAGCAGCAGCAACCAAGUCAAAUGCAGUGGAACCUGAACUGUCAUCUAUCAGAGAAAACUACAGUUCAGCACAUCAAAGUAUUGCUGCUGCCGCUGCUGUUGCAGCUUCAAGUAACUCAUUUUUUGAACAUCAGGCCUCCUCCUCCUCAUCAUCUUUACCCUGGUCUCAAGGCACAUCCCAACUUCCAAGCCCAUUUGGAAUUCUACCUCACGAAACUGUUGUCACAUCUUCUCAAGGAACAGCAUCAACAAAAACUAAUUCAUCGUCUUAUGAAAGUACAUUUAAUGCUCACUUUGUUGCAGCACAAAGUUUAAACCAUCUUAAUUCUCAAUUGUCAGCUGCAUCUGAUUUCAACAAAUCUUCAAAUAGUUAUAUUGAAAAUUCUAACAAAAAGACCUCAAGAUCCCAGUCUCCUAGUGUAACACCGGUGAAACCUGCUGUAUCAUCUUCAUCCGUAUCUGGGGGGAACUCUUUUUACUCUCAGAAUUCAUCCACAGCUUAUGCAAAUUCUGAUUCUGUUUCAUCACGAGGGAACUGUACAACUCUCUCUGGAAAUUUCAGUAGUAAAUCUCAACAUAAUACUUCGUCAGAAUACACUUCCAAUUCCAAAAGCUAUACAACCAGCUCAUCAUUGUCUCAGCAGCAGUCUUGCAUUGUCUCAACUACAACAUCAUCGUCUGUUACUUCUAAAGACUACAGAGUUCCUCACCCUUCCUCAAGGUCAUCCAACUCUGUAUUUUUGAGCAGUGCAUCUGGGUCUUCAAGACCUCAACAGCCAGCUGAAAAGACAUCAUCUAGAAGCCAAAACUUUGUGCCCCCUACUAGCAAAUCAUCAGUGCAUCAUGGUAUUCAAACAAAGGCACAAACUAAAAUUUAUCCUGAUUUAGGUACAUCAGAUCAUACCCGCCGUAGUGACAAUGCACAUGAAUCUAGUCAGUCCUCUCCCAUUAGUUUUGCAAUGAUGGAUGCAGUAGCACAUCGACAGGGAUUAAAUUAUUCUGGUGCUCAGAGCACCAGUUCUUGCGGAACAGGAUCUAAUUCUGCUAAGGUUCCACCUAGUGGUACUCACCGCAAUUCUAAUUCAAAUUUACAGCAAUUUCAGCAUGUAUUGUCCCCGCAAACAACACCUGUUACUGCUGCACCCACAAGUACAUCAUAUUCAUCACGACAUUAUUCUGCACUUGCUGGAAGUGAGGCAACUGCUGAUUAUCACCAUAGUAAUCGAAAUGUGAAAUCUUCCAAUAGUACAGACUCUUCUUAUUCAGAACGGCUUUUGAAUUCAAACAAUUCUUCUCAAAACAGUCCUGACUGUGGUGUGGUGGUCCCUCGUCGUCCAAGUCCACUUCAGGCACAUUCUCAAGCAUCUCCACUUAGCCAUGUACCAAGCCCAGGAUAUCCUUUGUAUAAUAGUCCAAUUGCUUCUAUGUCUUCGCCUUCCCCUUUGCAACUUCACUCAGAUACCUCUGCAAAUCAGUGUUCUAAUGGGAACAACAGACAACAUAACAGUAAUCCUUCCUCCCAGCAGGUGACUCCUGCUUCUCCAUUGGAUGUGAGUGUGCCACGACCAUCGUCCCAAAGCAGUCAAGUGGCAUACUCAUCGGUGAUAACCAGGGCGCUUACUUCAGGGGAAGGAAAUAGUAAAACUUUCAACAGUGAAACACGAUCCCAACACCAUCAACAUCAGGAGUUUCCUCAGAAACAGAAUUGUUGGGACUCUGGAGAUAGGCAAGUUUCCAGCUCUAGAAAUGCAGGCAAGUUUACUGGCAAUUCUGCAAGUUACAAUACUCCAAGUAAUGUAGGUCUUGAUAACCCGUCGGUGCCUCCACAAAAUCAGUCAGGUUCCCAAGUAAGAGGAGUUUCAAAUAUCACAGAGCGUCAGUCAGCAUACUUUGACUCGAAUCCUGGGCAGGUUACUUUGCAGGAUUUGAGUAACUGCCGUGGUGAUCCAAUGACCAUUGUUAAAAAUUUGCAAACCUUACACCAGCCAUGUCAGUUACAACAGCCUGGUUCUGUAUCCCAACCAUUGAAAUCCGAUGACCGCCCAUUAAGUAAGACAAAUAACAAUACAAAUUCUAGUAGUAAUAGUGGUAGCAGUAAUAAACGCAGAAAAAGUGGAGAGAAAGCUAAUUCUAAUGUAGCCAACAGUGUUCCUAAUACUUCCACUCCAGAGUUUUAUGCUAGAGUACCACCUCCUGCCCACCAUAAUACCCACUCCUCUAAUCAACAAACUCAGAAUGGGGCGUACUUUGAUUUUGAGAGGUGGAAUCUCCCCCCUCCUCCACCAAAAAUGUUUGGUGGAGGACCAGGCGCUUUUGGUUCCCAAACGUCUUUACACCAUGGCUCCAAUUUUGUUAAUAGUGCUCAUCAGCACCCGUCUCUAAUGGUCCCUAAUCCACAUCACACAGCUGCACCUCUGCCAUAUUUUCCUGCAUUCCCACUUCACACUCCAGGUCAGCCACCAAAUCAGCAUCCCUCUCAUGAAUUUCAGGCAUCAGUGAAUUCAACCACAAGACCAAAUUCUGAAAAUCAACCGGGGAGUGAGAACAGUAGUUGUACUGGGCCUAACUCCGUUGAUGAUCAUCCGAAGGUAAUUGUUCCAAAUAUUGAAGAAGAACUAGGGUUCCUUGCUGAAGUUAGUGAUUCUCCUGUGACAACAACUGCGAAUAACAGUGUUAGUGCUCCUGUGAAGUCAGUGUAUAGUAGUACAGCGGGUAACAGUUCCAAUACUAAAAUGCCUGAGAAGAAACCGUUCUCAUAUUCAAAUCCAGCAUCUGGCUUCAUGGCAAGUUACAUGAAAUUUCUUCAGGGGGAAAGAGAUACAUCACCGCCUCAAACCAAAAGAGGUAAUAAAGCAUCAUGGGCCAAAAACAAGGCGUAUCAUCCUCCGCCAGAAGCCCCGAAGGUAACAUCCAGCAGUGUGGCCUCCACUACAGCUAUUGUUACUUCAACUGCUACAAGUGCCCCAUCAACAUCGUCUACUUGCAGUACCACAAUUACUAAAACAUCUACUGAAUCACAGCCAUGUGCUUUUAAACCUAAAGAAACUCCGGUAUAUGAUCCACAAGAUGAUCCAAGGUAUUUUCCUUUGAAAAAAGAAAGAAAUGGGACUUUUUCAGAUUCUGAUGACGAAUUUGAGCCAUGUAGUAGUGAAAGUGCUAAGAAAAAAGAGCUUCCGAAAACAAAACAGGAAGAGAAGGAAGAACCUGAUAAAAGUGUAGAUCCUUCAAAUGAGAAGGAUUUAAAAAACAAGAAAGAUAAGAUAAAAUUAAAAUCUGGAACAAAAACCUCUUUGAAACCUCAGUCAAAACUGCAGACUAAUCAAAAUUCAAAAUCUGGAUCACAAACUGUUACAAAUCAGGACAAUAUUUCUGAUUCCUCUUCUGGCAGUUCACCAGAAAAUUCAACCUCCAAAACUUCAGUUUCUGAAGUAGCACAGGAGACAAUAAUACCAGAAUCUCGCUUGCCUGAUGAUAUUUCAAAGAGUGGACCAAGCAGUGAUAAGGCUGCUGGAGGAGAGAAAGCAAAAAAAUUUUCUGGCAAGUCUCGAACUGGAACUAAGAAGAAAAAAGAGGUGGAAGAAGAAAAUCUUCCAAGAAGAGAACUGUCAAGGCGAAAAGCAAAAGAGAAAACAUUAACUAACUUAAAAAGUUUAGAUCAACAGGCUCUUCUUGAUGAAGAAUUUGAAGUCGAUGAGCCAGAGUUUAUGGACUCAGAUUCAGAUCCAGCUUGGACACCAGCAAAAAUUGACAGUUCUGAUAGGUAUUUCUGUAUCUUACAACUUUCCGAGUCUUUCAAUAUGGAAGUAGAUGAUGAUCAACCUAUGCCCUUCAAUGUGGAAUCACACAUCAAACCAUCUGACGUGGAUAUGAAUGGCAGAUGUUGUGGCAGUGUUUUGCAGUCGUUAAACCAGAUGACACAAGAAUCAAAUAUUGCACCUUCGAGGAAGAUGGAUUCAUCAGAUGAUGAUAUGGCUAAUCGGCGCCGGUCCAGGCGAUCAGCAACUCUGUUGAGCAGCCGAAAAAGGCCCCGUUUAAUGACACCGGGCGUUACUGAGGAUGAAGGUGCUUCAACCGAUGGGAGUGAAGAUGCAUCGAUUGACAGACGUCGUCAGAAAAUGAAGUUACCAAUCAAGGGGAAGGGGCGACCUCGGUCUUUAAGCACCACUCUACAAAUUCUUCCUUCAGCCCCUGCUUUGGCAUCUGUUACUUCCAGUGCUGCUUCAGAUGUAGUUGUGGAUCCUAAUUUGGGAAUGGAAGUUAAUGCUGCUACAGUAGAUAAAGAGGAGGCAGCUACUGGAUCCAGUAAUAGAGAGUCUGGCAAUUUAUCCAAAAAAGAAGAGUCCAAUGAGAUUCCUUUCAAGUCUGGUGAAUUUGUAGUUAUGAAAAGUGAUUUGAAAGAAGAAAAUCCCCCUAUCUGGAGAAUUGAUGGAAAAACUCUUCUUCAAAAGUAUGAAUCAUUUCAAGAAAAUGGAAAAACACUUUACCGAAACAUAUCUACAUAUUCUGGAUGGACUUCUCAAAACAAGCAUGUAUAUCAGCAAGUCCGCGUCAAAUUCAGAGUACAAAAUCGAAUGGAAACCAUUGUGGAGUUUUUAAGAGAUGAACUCCUCAGUGAUGAUGAUGUUUUUGAGCGAUCAAUGAAAGAGACAGCGAAGUAUCAAGAUAAUUUUGAAGUGUACAUCCAGACUCUAAUUUCUCAAGCUCUGGAUUCUAACUUUUUACCUGAAAUACUACAGGAAGGAGAUGAAUAUUUUUUGGCAAGUGUUAAAAAAGUUGAUGAUAUCACAGAAGAUCGCAAACAAAGAUUAUUAAAAGUAACAAAGUGGAAGCCAAGUGUUGUGACAAGUGUUGGAGCAUGGCCAUGCUUCAAUGUAAUCUCAGAUUUGCCUCUGGAUGAAGACGCAACAAAAUUAUGUGCUGCUUGUGAAAAAACUGCUGUAUCAGUUCGUGUACAAAUGUAUGGUCAGCCAUACAACAGUACAACUCUGGAGGGAUGCCCACCAGAUCCAAAAGUAGCAAAUGAAAAGGAUUUUUUAUUGUGCAAUACAUGUUUAGCCCAAAUGGAAUUGUACCAUAAAGUUGCACAUCAGAAAUACUUGAUGUUUAUUGAGUGUUCACAGCGUGUAGCUGAAAAAAGAAAUCAGAAUGAUACAACUGUUAUUUUGAAUGAGCUUCUUGCAAAUGAAACUUGGCUUAACGAGUUGUUUCAGUCUGUUCGCACAUCUUGGGCUGAGAUUGAAAAGUUAGCCCAUCAAGUAGAAAAAGGCGAGAAGUGAUGUGUUAAACUGCACGUUUGUGAGGUGAUAGCAAAGUGUGGAGUGAAGAUAUCUCGUGUUUUUGAGUUGUGUAUUGUAUAUAUGAAUUAUCCUUUUUAAAAAAAUGAUUUUUAGUGUAAAUAUUGUAAAUAGGUUGUGUACAUACAUGUAAGAAAUGAAGAUGGGAAUGUGACCUGAGUGUGCAAAUCGUUGGUGCCCUUUGGAUUCUUGUACUAAUCCAAUUCCAUAUGAAAUAAGUCAUUGUUAUGAAAUAUUUGUACAAAGUAGUUAAUAUGACAAUUGAAUAGAUUUUAUUAUUGACUGAUGAAACUAUUGUCUCUUAAUUUUUUAUAUGUAAAGUUUAAGUAUAUAUAUAUAUUAAUAUUGAUUGCAAUUUUUAUGUGUACAGAAAAGUGCUAAUCUCCUAAGGCAUAUAAAUGAAAGUAUACAUAUAUGAAUAUGAAGAUGUUAGUGCUAGUUAUUGGAAGAGACACACUGACAGUAUCUUCUGAGCUGUGCAAUUAUUUAGUCAAUGAAGGUAUUUUUGUUUACAGAAGUACUUUACUGAGGGCCAUACAUUUUUUUAAACACCAAUGUAUAUACUGACUAAAAGGAUGUGAAUUAUUUUGUUUUAUUUUGAUGCAACAUGUUAGUAAGACUGAAAAGGAAUACUACAUAGGAAAGUGCAUGAACAUAUAGCUAAUGAAUGUUUAUUUUGAUUUAUGAAUUUGGCUGUGUUGUAUGUUAUGGCAUGAAUGUUGCGGGAUAUGGUUUUUGGUUUGCCAUCUUGCGUUUGUUACUUUGUACCUGUUCUUUGACUUGCUGUCUCUCCUUGUAAUUGUUUCAUUAAUAUAUUAUUUGAUGUUGUGGAUGUUCUAUUGUGGAUUCCUGUUAAGUUUUACAGUGCUUUAAGAAUAAUGUUGGCUAACUACUGGAAUGUUCAUGAAAAGCACUUCAAAAUUACUCUCCUCCAUUAUCACAGUUGUUAGAUUCGCUUGAUAAAGGCUAUUUGUGAGGUAAAAUUUUCAAAUCAUAUUUUAAACAGAUUUAAAGUUUCUUUCUUUAGUGGCACUUGUGAGAGUUUACAGGAAAUAGUUAUUUAAUUUUCUUCAGGUAAACUUUCACCUCUUCAUAUUACUGUUUGUAAUGAAAAGUGCCAUUCAAGACAUUCUUGACCAAUAGAAAGCUGAAAUGUACUCUGGCGCUGUCACAUUCAGGUGGAAACAAUGAUGGGUGUGCAGAAUAUGGGUUUGCUUUCUAUGCUAAUUAUGUUAAACUUAUUUUUAUAAUUAAUUGAAAGAGAAGGAAAUCAUACCAAUGAUAGUAGUACACUUUUCGUUACUAUCUACUUUUGUUUCAGAGAAUAUCAACUGCAUUUCUGUUGUCUUGUUCAGCAGACAAAGGAAGAAAAGUGUAAAUGAGAAACUUGAAUAUUUUAUAAAUAUUACGGAAUGAAAGGCAAAAUAGAGAAUAUUUCAGGCUGUUAGUGCAGUAAUGACAUAUUCUAGAAUUCUGUUCUUUGAAAAUAGCUGACAAAUAAUUUUACAUUUUAGAUUAUUCAUUUCUGAGUUUCAUUUGUGGCAGAGAUACAUGUAGAAUAAGCCAUUAUUGCACGAACUAUGCUGAGUGCAGCAACAUGUUUUAUUUAAAAUUAUACAAUAAUUGUUAACAGAAGCACUGAAAUCAUUGGAGUUAAAUAUUUUUGUAAUAUGAUAUGUGUCUAAAACAUUAAACUCCAAAUUACUAAAAAUUUGAGUUUAGGCCACUUAUGCUAAAUAGCCUUAUUUCAUAAGUGGUACAAGAGAGUGAGAUGUGUUUAUACUUUCUUGUUGGAUAUUAAUAUUGCAAAACAAUUCUUUUUAACAGUUGGGUGUAAAUUUUAAAAUGUAGGAUGGAGUUAAUGGUUCCAAGAACAAAACCUAAAUCCUGAACAUUUUUGCGGUUUGUUAUUUUAUUGGUGUGCAAAUUAUAGAAUUGACCUUUUCAUUAGUUUGAUUGCACUAUUUUAUUUUUACACAUUUUAAUUUUUAUUAAAAAAUGUCAUAUUGAAUAAUGUUUUCCAAUAUCAAUUGAAGUGUUAUGUAAUACAUUUUUAGAAAUAAUGGAAAAUUAGUGUAUUGGAACCAUAUUAAUUUAUUUAAACGUUGUCUAUAUUAUUAUUUGAUACUCUAAUUGAAAAUAUUGCCCUUUUUUGAAACAUGAAACUUCCCAACAUGCACUCAAUAGUGUUGCAUUGUUAAUAUUAAUAAGAUCAAAAAAUCAAGUUGUUAAUUAGGGAGAUCAUGUUGCUCAAGUCAUACAGAAAAUGCUGCUGAUUAUAAUUCUUCGGUAAUAGUCCGAAAAAGUUGUUCAAUCCAGUUGUCUAUGGAUGUAUCUUGUGUUUGUAAAUUCAAGUUAAAAAGUACAUUAAAAAAAAGGCAUGAGAAUCGUACUUAAGAUACAAAAUCGGAGAAUAUUUUUAAUUCAGCCAUAGGUCUUACUGCGUAAAAUUUUCAAACAAAUUGAGAAAAUAAUUUUUGUGAUUGCUUAUAAUUUUAAAAUUAUGGAAAAUAUGAAUAGUAAUAUCAAGCAAAGGAAACCUUCAUUAUAGUAGAGAAUAUUGACCUCGUCAUUGUGUAACUGUAGCGUUCUUUCUAAUUUCUGAAUUGCUUUACAAUAUAACUACAAAUCUCUUCAAUUCCGCUUUAAAAGCAUUAAAUAAUGUUUGUUACUUUUAUGGUAUUAAGAUUAUUUUUUAAAAUAAUCUGAAAAGUAUUAUUUCUGUUAUUCUUUGUUUCUCACCAAAAGUAAUUGCUUUGCUGUUUCAUGUAAACACAGUAUUUAAUAAACAUUUCUUAUUAAUUAAUUGUGAACAUAAUAAUUGUUCAAUUGGUUUUCAUGUAUAACUUCAGUGACAUCCUGCUCAGAUUUUCCAUGUAGAUGUUUUGCAUUUCAUGGGUAGGGGGCCGGCUCCAUGAGAUUUUAAUUUUUAUGGCAGUUUUCAGAUAUUCUCUUGUGGCCUUAAUUAUAUUAAUUAAUUGUGAUUUACAUAAGGGUAUAAAAUUUCUUCGCUUUAUUAAUAUUUCACUUCACAUUUAACGGUAUGUAAAUCCUCUUAUGGAAUUUACCGUUUUGACCUUAAAAGACAUUCAGCAGUAAUAUUAUGUUCUAUUGAUUGUUUUAAUUUGGAGCGGGGGAUGUAAAUUAUUUUUAAUUGAAUAGAACCUUGUUAUCAGAGAACUUGCUUAUAACAGACAAUGUUGAUUUUCCUGGGACCCAGUGUAAAACAAUUAGCAUUUUUUCCCCUGUGUAUUUGAGACCACCUUAUACGUUUCAGUUCACAGUAGGCAAAAUAUUGAUUCCGAAGGAAUUUUUCCAUGAGUAAAAGUCAAAAUGACAAAGUUUCGUACAUGAUGAGGUGUGUGAUGUAUAGGUAUUACCUUCAAGCAUCCCUGAGAAUGGGUUUCAAAGAAGGAAUUUCUGACCAUUGCACAAAUACCGAUUCAGAAAUUAUCCAGCAAUCUUGUCAAGGACUUUCCCUGUGCCUAAGUCAGGCUUGAUGUUUGAAGAUUGUUUUGAGGCCAAAUGCCAAAUGAUUUCACAGGCAACUUUGAUGAAUGAUCAAAUGGGGUUGCACUUUAGGUAACCAUUCUUUUAAACCAAGGAAUACAAAUUCAAAAUGAAUAAAACUUCAUUGGUAUACUAUCAUUCAAUAUAAUUAAGUCUUCAUCUUAAUGAGUUUUUUUCUUUCUAAGAAGGAUAUAGAAGUUAAAUUAUUUUAAUAUAAAAUCAUGCAGUGGGCACACAAUUUAAUGUGGUAGGCCACAUGUGUUGCACAGCCCUGCUCUGUCUCUGUCAAGAGCUUAUUCAUGCUAAUGUCCUCUUUAUAUGUAUAAGUGAAUAGGAACUGUGAUAAGAUGUAAGGUGCAUCAUCUUGACAUAUUGUCAACUUUAUUUUGAUCUUUACACCUUUGUGAUGAUUGUCUGAUGAACAAUGCUCACGGUUAAUGUAAGCUGAUACCUCAAUUUAGUGAUAAUUUUUUGAGAGUUUCAGUUAUGUUGGCUUUGAAAAGAAAGUUAAUUCUCAAUAUAUGCGGGACAAUAAAAAUGUAAGGUAACAGGUAAAAUAAAUACACUCAUUUUACCAUUUUCCUCCUAUAAGAGUUCCCUUAAGUCUGUUUGAGAGAUAACUUGAGACCUCUUGUAACUUGGUUGUACUGUAUACAUUUAACAGAAAUUCCAUGGCUCUGCAUGUAGAACUCUCACAGAUUUUGAAUGUCGGUAGUUUUGGUCAUAACAUAAAAGAAAAAUGCCCUGUCAGUAGCGGUGUAGCAUGAAAGGAUUCUACUCAAAGCAAAGAUUAAUUCAGAGAAUAUAGAUUAAGUAUUUCAAUAGUAGUUAUUCUUCAAUUAUAGGGAAUUAUAACACUUUUGGAAGAGAAAGACAGAAGCCUAUGUAACGAUAGAGGUAGACAGUUUGCAAUGCAUCUGUGUGAGGUCCGUUUUCCCUCAGGAAAAGCUGCGUGUGCAUUAGCCGCGGGAUAAGUGCAGAGCCUCGCUAUGGACAUAAAGCAUGUGUGUGUUGCUUAUUUCAUGCGUUUCAAGCAUGGUUUAGGGGCAAAGGGCAGCAAACAAACAUACAAUAUUUUCUUAUUUAACGAAGUUGCAAUGUACAGAAUACAUUUAACAGUUCACAACAUAACAUUUUAAAAACAAUUAUCAGGGUGCUAGAUUGAUGUGAUGAGAAAGAAUAACUGCAAAAUUUUAAACAUUAUUUUUAAAAAUCAUGCAAAGAGUAUACUGACGUAUCCAUCAUGGCCUCCUUUAGAAAUCAUUAAAAUAAAUUCAAUCCAAUAAAUUGAAGCUGAAAUAUAGGUUGUUAAUGCAU